AUUACAGAAGGAGUGGACAGCUGGUGCUUCCCACCCCAGAAGGCCGGAGAGAGGCUGCCUCUUUAGUACGGGGCCUCAGGUCAGAUUGGGGUCAAGGAACCAACUGGAGAAGACCCUCCCCCCUCCCUCCUUUCCAACCCCCUGCUCCCCAGUUGGGAAGGGUGCAGCAGGCCUGACACAAUGAAGUGCGGCUGCCCAGGGGAGGAGCUGCAUGGAUGCCAAUGGAAUUACACCCGUGCACAGCCCCAGGGCGUGACUGAAUCCCUAGGGGCAGGUUCCCCAGGCCAGUGCUAUGAAGCUGGAAUGCAUGAGUGUGCAAGGAGCUUUCACACGCUCAGUUCCUCCCACCAGGUCAGUCGCAGCUCACUGCUCCCUUCCCCGAACGCUUUGCACCUGGAAGUGCGGCACUUGAAAGGGCUUCCAUUAGCUCACUAUUAUCCCAGGCCUCGUGAAAGCCUCUCUUUGUAAGGAGAGAGCAACACCCUUAGAGCCUUUGAUCCUUGGGCGGGCUCCAGUCAAGCGGGGGGCUAAGUGGGAGGGGCAGAGGCUCCCACUCUAAAGGGAAAGAGACAGAUCCAGAUAUGAAAGGCCCUGACAAAAUCAUCCUCUUGAGAAAUCGCUUAACUGACUUCCCUUGUCCCAGCUGCGGUAGAUCCCCAGCCUGGGCUUACCAACACCUUCCACUCCACCCAGCCUUCCGCCUUUCCUAGCAGGGUGUCAGCUGCUCUGUCUGACCCCUUUUCACUCCUGGGCAGCUUCGUGGCUUUGCAGACACCUCUCCUUUCCUUUGUGCCUUAUAGGAGCUCCCCAAGGCAAAGUGUCCUAGAAUGAGAGUGACAGGAUGGCCCAGUGGUUAGAGCACUAACUAGGACUUGACAGACUCUGUCUUUGCUGGUCCCUUGUAAGCCAAUGACUUGUUUGACCGUGACUCUGUCUUAGGUCCUUAUCUAGCCCCCUUCACUACAGCAACUGACCAUCCCAAUCUUGAAUGUAUUUACUCUCCCAACCCCCCUGUUGGGCAGGGCUAGGAGACCCCUGGGAGCAGAGAACCAGAGAUGCCCAUGGUCACAUGGGAAGUGUGUAGCACAGCUGGGAACUGAACCCAGGUCUCACAAGGCCUAGUGCACUAACCACUGGACCAUGCUGCCUUUCUGUCUUAGUAGCCCAGGAGCUUUGGAAAAUCCCACCAAGUGCAUCUUCAGUGCCUGGUACCUUUACAAAUCUGACCCUCCUUUGAUACUAGGAGGUUCUGGUCCCUGGAACACAGUGGGAGCUGGGCGAUUGUUCUGCUUUAGUCUUAGCUCGGCCUCUGAAAUCUUUCUUUUCGGUCACUUUUUGGGUUUGCUGAUACAUGGCCUGGCUUUUGAGCCUUUCUUCCCAAAGUUCAGGGUGAUGGCACCAUUGCUGGCGCGUGGCUAACCUUGCGGGCGCAGGGAUGUGACCCGGAGCCAGAAUGUGAACCCCUGCCUCAUGCUGGUGAGUGUUUCCUCGUAUCAGGAUCACCCUCCGGCCCUAGCAGGAUGAUGGGGCUACAUGCUUGUGCCCUCUAAGGCUAGGAAUGCCAGAGUGAAGGCUGCACCCUUAACUCAGCCCCGUGAGUGUGCCUGCUUCAUUUCAGUGUAGGGGUUCUCCAGAGCCAGGGCCUGUGUUUCUGGGGCACAAUGCACUGGGAGAGCCCUGCUGAGACGCCUUCUCGGCCUCUGGAGCGGGUUUGUUUGCACACGGCAUCUAUAGCAACGAGCUGUGCUGGCCAGCUACUGCUUUCCUGCUUCCUGGAGGGUUGCUCCCAUCCAGCCCUCACUGGCAAGCUCCUUCCAGACGGGGGCUGCAUCUUCACCAUGCAUUUGGGGGCAGCUGAGGCCUGGGGGGAGACUCCACCACGGGUGCAGAUCAUCCAACAGCCGAUUCCCCAACAGCCAAUGACAGUAUUUCAGCAGAUCCCUGGGAUCCUGUCUCCUUUCACUCAGCCCGUAAGGCCAGGACACGUCCGAGAAGAUCUGAUAGAGCUCAUGAUGAUACAAAACGCCCAGAUGCAUCAGGUGAUCAUGAACAACAUGACGAUGGCCGCACUGACAUCCUUUGGAUUCAGCCCAACUCCCGCUGCUGCCCAGGUGAACCUGGUCCCUCUGCACACUGAAGAUGAAGAAGCAGAUGUGGUAUUUCACCACCAUUACGCACCAUGCCCCAGCACCACUCCCAGCCCCCCAUGGCAGCCCCUGGCACAGCCUCCAGCAUGGGCACAGGAGCCCCCUAGCAUACGCCAUGUCGGCCUGGACCCGCACCCAGCCCCAACAGGCAGGACUCGGGAGGACAAAGUGGUCCCUCCGCCCCCGCCGCCCAGCGCCACGGGGACAGUGGGAGCUGACGUCCCACCAGCCACUGAGUAUUACGACUACACCCAGGGCAAGCUGUGAGCCUGGCUCUGUGCCUCCUGGGAGCUCUUCUCUUCGCCUGCACCCGUGUCCCUGCCUGGCUCCAGGGAUCCCUGCUGCAGCAGGUGUCCCCCCAGCCCAGCGAAGCUGGUGCGUUGGGCCCUGACCGACCGCUCUGUCCUUUGUCCCCCCACAUUAAUUGGACUAGCUCCAGCAGCGACGGGCUGCCAUCUGAUGCGUCCUCUCCCUUCUGCUGCUGCCAUGGAAGGGACCUCGAGGUUCCCGGGGAAGUGGACAGUCCUGGUGUCCUGGGCCUGGGUCUCCCAGGAUGGGCAGGGCUGGUGCCUGGUUGUCAGCUAUGUCUGAGUGCCACCUUGGCCUGCACCAUCCUUAUGUGACAGCCAUGCUCUUGGCCCACACACCGGGGAUUGAACUGGCGCCCUCCCAAGCUAGCCGUGAGUGCCUGGAGCUGGGAGCCAUGGCAGCUGUGGACAGGCCUGAGGGGGAGCUGACAUACCGCUCACCAGUGGGUUACACACGCACCACUGGUAUCUCCAGGGUAUGAGGGAGCGAGCCAACUGCUGCCCUCUGGAUCGCAUUGAGAUGAGCAGGAAGGCACAGGGCAGCGUCUGGCCAGCAGAGGGGCAGGUGUCACGGACUCAAAGGACCCGUGCUCUCUCCCGGCUCUGUACAGUCCCUGGGAGGAACCCCCUUUGGUGUGACAGCCCUUCUUGGGGGUCCACUCUCUCUCGGGGGUCAAGCCAUAGGCCCUUCUGCCUCCUGGAACGACACCUCUCUGAGCCUUAGCACGCCUGUCUGCCAUGGGCCCCCCAGGGAGUCCACUCGCUCUGGACCCUUGGGGCCUCCACGCCCAGAGGGAAUAAUGCAACCCUGUUCUCUAGACCGGAGUGACUCUCAGCCAGCAUUAAACAGGAGGGUUUAUUGAGCAUCUGAACACAGCACAGGAAACUCUCAGGGCCUCAGGCCUAGCUUCCCUCAGCACAGGACAUCUAGGUUUCUGCAGCCUCCAGAUGGGCUCUGCUUGCUCUCCCCUCCCAGCCCAAAGACCCGCUGCUUCCAGCUGGGCAUCCGAUAUCACUGUCCCCCAAGUCCAGCCUCUGUCCUUUGUUUUCUGUCCCAGGUAAACAGGCCUCCCUAGGCCUCCUCUCAUCCAUCCUUUGUUUCCCCUCUGGCUGGAACCAGCUGGUCAGGUCACCAGGGUCCUCUCUUCACAGCCAAUUGUCCUCCCACUGGCCAGAAAUGGCUGCGACUCCUGAGCUGGGCAUCCCGGUCACCAGGUCACCAGUUGCUGGGGUACCCAUUCUCCAGGCCGGUCACCAGGUCACCAGUCACUGGGGUACCCAUUCUCCAGGCUGGUCACCAGUCACUGGGGUAUCCAUUCUCCAGGCCGUUCGCUCGCCCUCUGUAACAACAAACUCCCUCUCCCACCACCUUGUUAAACCAGUAACACCCAGGGAAACUGAGUCCCAUGCCCUCCACAUGCAAACCGUUGAACACCACAGAAACCUCCCUGCUUCGUCACAGCAGGCUGUGACCCAGAGUGAGCAGAAGGAGACAGGAGAGAGGAGACAGGAGAGAGAGGGCAGGGUGGAGGCUGCGGCUGGCCGAGCCCAGCAGAGCGGUGGCCAGGAGGAGCAGCCCUUGGGGGCUGGGAGCAGAACAGGAGGCAGAGCAGCCCAGUGAGGAUCAUAGAAUCAUAGAAUAUCAGGCUUGGAAGGGACCUCAGGAGGUCAUCUAGUCCAACCCCCUGCUCAAAGCAGGCACAAUCCCCAACUAAAUCAUCCCAGCCAGGGCUUUGUCAAGCCUGACCUUAAAAACUUCUAAGGAAGGAGAUUCCACCACCUCCCUAGGUAACGCAUUCCAGUGCUUCACCACCCUCCUAGUGAAAAAGUUUUUCCUAAUAUCCAACUUAAACCUGCCCCACUGCAACUUGAGACCAUUACUCCUCAUUCUGUCAUCUGCUACCACUGAGAACAGUCUAGAUCCAUCCUCUUUGGAACCCCCUUUCGGGUAGCUGAAAGCAGCUAUCAAAUCCCACCUCAUUCUUCUCUUCCGCAGACUAAACAAUCCCAGUUCCCUCAGCCUCUCCUCAUAAGUCAUGUGUUCCAGUCCCCUAAUCAUUUUUGUUGCCCUCUGCUGGACGUUUUCCAAUUUUUCCACAUCCUUCUUGUAGUGUGGGGCCCAAAACUAGACACAGUACUCCAGAUGAGGCCUCACCAAUGUCGAAUAGAGGGGAACGAUCACGUCCCUCGAUCAGCUGGCAAUGCCCCUACAUAUACAUCCCAAAAUGCCAUUGGCCUUCUUGGCAACAAGGGCACACUGUUGACUCAUAUCCAGCUUCUCGUCCACUGUAACCCCUAGGUCCUUUUCAGCAGAACUGCUGCCUAGCCAUUCGGUCCCUAGUCCGUAGCUGUGCAUUGGGUUCUUCCGUCCUAAGUGCAGGACUCUGCACUUGUCCUUGUUGAACCUCAUCAGAUUUCUUUUGGCCCAAUCCUCCAAUUUGUCUAGGUCCCUCUGUAUCCUAUCCCUACCCUCCAGCAUAUCUACCUCUCCUCCCAGUUUAGUGUCAUCAACAAAUUUGCUGAGGGUGCAAUCCACACCAUCCUCCAGAUCAUUAAUGAAGAUAUUGAACAAAACCGGCCACAGGACCGACCCUUGGGGCACUCCACUUGAUACCGGCUGCCAACUAGACAUGGAGCCAUUGAUCACUACCCGUUGAGCCCGACAAUCUAGCCAGCUUUCUAUCCACCUUAUAGUCCAUUCAUCCAGCCCAUACUUCUUUAACUUGCUGGCAAGAAUACUGUGGGAGACCGUGUCAAAAGCUUUGCUAAAGUCAAGGAAUAACACGUCCACCGCUUUUCCCUCAUCCACUGAGCCAGUUGUCUCGUCAUAGAAGGCAAUUAGAUUAGUCAGGCAUGACUUGCCCUUGGUGAAUCCAUGCUGACUGUUCCUGAUCACUUUCCUCUCUUCUAAGUGCUUCAGAAUUGAUUCCUUGAGGACCUGCUCCAUGAUUUUUCCAGGGACUGAGGUGAGGCUGACUGGCCUGUAGUUCCCAGGAUCCUCCUUCUUCCCUUUUUUAAAGCUGGGCACUACAUUAGCCUUUUUCCAGUCAUCCGGGACCUCCCCCGAUCGCCAUGAGGAUGGUGCGGUGCUGCUGGGAGAGUCCUAGGGGAGCAGGCGCAGCGACCCAUAGUGCUGGGGGAGGCAGCGGGGCCUCAGGGACAGUAGGAUGGGGCUGGGGAGAGCGGUCUGAGCAGAGGCCAGGGCUGACUGGCCCUUGAGGAGGCAGGAGCUCGGAGGCCAGCUGUUGGGGGGGUCCCCAGUGGAGAGGGGGCUGGCCCAGCCCUCUAGGCCCAAGGGGCCAUGUGGGGAGAGCUGUCUGCAGGGAGGGGACAUGGGAUCCCUGCUAGGGUGCUAUGGGGCCGUGCCAACCCAGACACUGGCAGCAGAGCUGAGCCCAGACCUAAGACACACUCAAGAGGGGAUGGGCAUGAGGGACAUGGACAACCAGGAACCCUCCUAUCGAACUGUCCCUAGGGGCUCAGGGAGGAAUUCCCCUCUCCUGGGCUAGUUACACCCCUGUUCUGCCAGCCCAAGGGGUGGCUCCGCCUUCAUGGUGAGCCGUGGCUUCAUAGCAGCUGGCCCGUGUUCUGAAACAUACCCAGGGCUGGCCUGUGGGUCCGUGCUGCACCAGGCCGCUCCCUGCCAUGGGGUGCUGUGCGGCUGCACCAGGCACAAAGGGGGUCCCGGCAGUAGGGUGAGGGCUGGGGGACUGUAGAUGAGGCACGUGGGGCAGCCCAGGGUAAGGGCUGGCCAGGCUGCAUGGCCCAUGCAGGACGGCUGAGGGCCAGGCUGCCCAUAUCAUCCUGUCCUGGGAACUUCUCUGAGGCUCCCGGAGCUGCCCCCACUCCAGCGUGGCAGGGACCUGCUGGCCACCACAGCAGGAAACCCUCAGGGAGUAAAAGGCCCAGCCAAAGGAGAGGAGCCGGGUCACUGCAGACUCCGCCCCAUCCCACGGUUCAUCGGGGCCUCUCCAAACAGCCCAGCCACCUGUAGGAACUGGGCUGCUGACCGAGAUCACCCUGAGAGAGGGGCCCUAGGAAGGGGAAGGAGCCUUUCCUCCUGCACCUGGCAGCCAGCUCCGCUCCCAGAGACUGUGGGGGGCGGUGGGGGUGGGAUGGGGGGGAAUGGCCAUCAGAGAGAGGGUUUGGGAUGAUCACAUCCCCACCACCCCCAGCUGGGGGCAGGGGGUGAGGAGCAAAGUGAUGGCCUCAGCUGGGAAGUUAAUCCAUCCAGGCCCUCUGCGAUGGAUCAAAGGAUGGGGCACAAUGGUGACUAAACUCUGUGAUAAGCCCCUGGCUCCCACCCGGCAGACUCAGAGUGCGAGAGCUGGGUUUCUUUAAGGAGAAGAACACGGAGCUUAGCAUGGCUCAGCUACUUCCAGAGAGCCCGUUGUGAGGAACCCAAAUAACCCCCAGCCCAUUGUCCCUUGUGAUGGCCCAUCUGGAGGAAGGGCUCCCAGGACUGGCAAGUUAUCAUCUCAACUGGGACAAUCUGGAGGUCACAAGGUGGCAAAACAAAUGAGGCUUUUGCCUCCCACACCUUGUCUAGCCUGAAAGCCCCUCCCUCCUCUAGCUGCCAUGGGAUCUCUACUGCAUGCUCUGAGCCUGCUCCUUCUCCUGAGCCCACCACAUCCCUUCCCUACAUCUCCGCAGGUCACCUCAGCCUUAGGUCGCCCGCUGUGGAAAGGUCACCUGAUCGGCAGGGGCGCUGUGCCAUUUCUCUAGCUCUGGGAUUCUCCAGUGCCUGUGUCAUGAAUAUAGAGGGAAGGGUAGCAACCUUUAUGUAUGCAGUAGCAUAAAAUCCCUCCUUGGCAGCUGUUCUGAAUCGCCUUACCUGUAAGGGGUUAAGAAGCUCAAAUAACCUAGUUGGCACCUGACCAGAAGGACCAUGAGGAAAGAAGAUACUUUCAAAUCUCGGGGGGAAGGAUUUGUUUGCUGUUCUCUUUUGUUGUUCCCUCUCCAGACAGAGGGAGAAGCCAAGCAGGUACAUCAUUUCCUGAAAAUAUACCUGGAAUAAUCCACCUAGAACCACAGAAAUUGUAAGUAGGGCAAGGAAAUGCGUUAGGUUAUCUUUUGUUUUGGCUUGUGAAUUUUCCUAUGCUGCAAAGGUAGUUCUAUUCCCGUUUUUGUAACUGUGAAGCUGAGCCCAGAGGGGAAUCCUCUGUGUUUUAAAUCUUUUUAUUACCCUGUAAAGUGACCUUCCAUCCUGAUUUUGCAGGUGUGAUUCUUUUACUUUUUUCUUUAUAAUAAAAUUCUUCUUUUAAGAACCUGACUGAUUUCAGCGUCCUGAAGACAAAGGGUCUGGCAGGGCUGGCUCUAGGCCCCAGCUAAGGAAGCAGGAGCCUGGGGCGACCACCCGGUAGGGGCGACCCUCCGGCUGUUCUUGGGACGGCGCUCGGACUUUUUUAUUUUCCUUCUUCAGCGGCACUUUGGCGGCAGCUUUUUUAUUUUUUCUUCUUUGCUUCUCCGCUUGGGGCGGCAAAAAGGUAGAGCCUGCCCUGGAGUCUGGUCUGGGCUCACAUUGUUAAGGCAAUUGGUUGGUAGAUUAUUCUCAAGCGUCCCCAGGAAAGGGGGUGAAGGGGCUUGGGGGGAUAUUUUGGGGGGAUAGGGAUUCCAAGUGACCCUU